AUGGCUGUGACUCAGAAGAGAGAUCAGGAACUCCUCUUGACUCAAAGACAUGUCCUCACGUACAUGGAGGAUGCGGUGAGCCAGCUGCUGGAGAACAGAGAAGAUAUUAGUCAGUAUGGCAUUGCCAGGUUCUUCACUGAAUAUUUUAACAGCGUGCGUCAAGGAACACACAUCUUGUUCCGUGAGUUCAGCUUUGUCCAAGCUACCCCUCAUAACAGGGCGUCUUUUCUUCGGACCUUCUGGAGGUGUUUCCGAACAGUGGGGAAAAAUGGAGAUUUGCUGACAGCACAGGAAUACCACUGCCUGCUGCAGCUGCUCUGCCCUGACUUCCCAAUGGAACUCACUCAGAAAGCAGCAAGGAUUGUGCUGAUGGAUGAUGCUAUGGAUUGCCUGAUGUCUUUUUCCGAUUUCCUCUUUGCUUUCCAGAUCCAGUUCUAUUACUCAGAGUUCCUGGAAAGCGUGGCUGCCAUUUACCAAGAUCUACUGGCUGGUAAGAAUCCAAAUACUGUGAUUGUGCCAACAUCAUCCUCUGGGCAACAUCGGCAGCGCCAGCCCCCAAAUGACUGCAGCCCACUUGAUGGGGUAGAGGCAUCUCUCUUCUACCAGUGCCUGGAGUCCCUGUGCGACAGAUCAAAAUACAGCUGUCCACCAUCUGCUCUUGUGAAAGAGAUGCUGAGUAGCGCACAGAGACUGACCUUCUAUGGAUUCCUUAUGGCACUUGCAAAGGAUCAGGGAAUCAACAGAGCCCUAG